AGCGCUGCUAUUGGAAAAUAUUUUCGGGUCUGCUGGUGCCCUCCCAUCCGCCUCACGCCAUCCUGUCAGCCAGAGGUUACAGCAGUCGGGAUUACGCUCGCAAAAAUGUGAUUUUGUACAAAUCCUACAUCCAGUUAGGUGUUCUGAGGUUUGCCUGCAGCUGUCUGCUGAACAACAGCCGGUAAAUAAGAACCGAGCGAGCGGAGCAGCUUCAGUAUUUCCAAGGUUUUCUUGUGGAGGUUGUUGGACGGGACAGCGGAGCAUCGACUGAGGUUCCCGGCGGUUUUGCUCUACCCCCCAUCCCAGAGAUGUUGCCCUGCCUGCGGAGAGUCCUUCGGCCCGCCCUCUCUCUGAGAGCCGGGUCUGGGUUGGCCACAGCCGGACUCAGCAACCACCAAACAUCCGCCAUAGCUCGGUUCGCCUCGGAGCCCCCGCUCUCCAUGCUGGUGCAGCGGUGUAACCUGGGCACACACCCGCUGAAGGAGCCCGUGGAGCCCCUCAACUCGCCCCGGGGAGCCAAGGAGUUUAUUUAUAGCCUGCAUCCAACUGAGCGCACCUGUCUGCUGCGAGAACUGCACAAGUUCGAGUCCAUAGCCAUAGCUCAAGGGCAGCUUGAAAUUGCACCACCUACUGCAGCACAGUUAAGAUACGUUCUGCUGCACAAUGCACUCCCUUUUGUUGGAUUUGGAUUCCUGGACAACUGCAUCAUGAUUGUUGCUGGAACACAGAUUGAGUUAUCCAUCGGCGUGAUCCUCGGCAUUUCAACUAUGGCUGCUGCUGCCCUUGGCAACCUGGUGUCUGAUCUGGCAGGACUAGGACUGGCAGGUUAUGUGGAGGCCUUGGCGUCUCGGCUGGGAAUGCAGAUUCCUGACUUGAGCCCAAAGCAAGCUGACAUGUGGCAAACCAGAGUCAGCUGUCACUCGGGUAAAGCCAUCGGUGUUGGCAUCGGCUGUAUUCUCGGCAUGUUUCCUCUACUGUUCUUCAAAGACGACGAUGAGAAGAAAGAAGGCAAGAAGGGAGCGAAGGAGAAAACACAACCAUCACCUGCUCCACCAGAGAGCAGCAAAAACUGAAACUGUCAACUCGGAGGAGACAAAUACUAUUUGGAAUCCAUUAGAAUACUUUAGUAUUAGAGACUUACAAGCCGUGUCUGGUGGACUGGAGUGUAUGGAAACAUUAUUGAACCCCAUACAGUCUAAUCGCCGGGCACUUUGCUUUGCAGUCAAACUAUCAAAGGUAUUCUGAAGAGGAUUUUAGAUAUUAUUUGAUUGUAGACUUUGAACUUAAGCACAGGGACCUGACUGUCACUUGACAAGAGACAGUUGAUUCACUGGACUGCUGCUACUCCAACUAUUGCUCUCUAACCUCACCUUGUUUUGACUGACUGACACGGGCUGAAGCUAAUCUAAUCUCUUAUCUAAAACACACUGCAGUGACCUCUUUCUCCUUUCUGCUCCGAGCCUUUUGAGUAUAUAAACCUCUGAGUAUAGAUGGUUUGAUGUCAAGUAAAGGUAAUCAACCAUUUGAGGGCUUGCUAGACUUCGGAACCGAUGCAAGAACAAAAACACUCACAGCUCAUUCAGAAAAAGAAUCUGCAAGUGUCUUACAUGGCAUCUUCAUUCUUGAAUAUUGUCAGAAGACGCAUGCCAAUUCAGUCAGCAGUGGUAAACCAUGCUAAUCAGUUUUGAGGGUGAUGAGUCAACCAAAUAGGGUCAAUUUGCAUAUAAAAGAUGCCCCCUUCCACACCAAGUACAUAAUUCUUCGGUUUUACAAGCAUGUCUGCCUUUUGAUGAUGUCAGAGUCCUAAAAAGUCCCGCCGGCCUGCCUCGUUCACACUCCAUGACACCCAAUCAGCUUCGAUUAAUGAGAAGGCAGGCGGUUAAAAAUGAAACACCCGCUGGCUGCUUCUUUAAAUUUUUAUGUUUUUUUUUUGUUGCUGAUGGAUUGAUUGAACAUUACAUGCUUGUAUUCUGUGUGAUAAUCACCAAAAGCAGUAACACGAACAAAAUGUCUCCCAUGUAUACUGUAUGCAAACAGGUAGGUGCAGUUCGACAUAAUCUAACCUUUUAAGGAACAGUUGACUAUCCUUAGUAGAGUUGAGCAGGAAAUAGAGAAAUAAAGAGAGGCAGCUGGAGGAAGAGACAGCGAGUAGCUAUGGGAAAAAGAUAAGAAAUACCAUCACUGGACUACCUGAGACCUGUACCUGUACCCUGUGAUUAAUCUCCUCCAGCUCUGCAUCGACCAGCCUGUAGCUGAACUGCAACACGUCUUCCACACGUGGUGAGACAGCACCAGGCCUCUCGUCCAGUUUCUGGGGAGCCACAUAUGGGUAGCCUGGUAGAUUACAUUUUUUCAAGUUUCAAUUUGAUGUCACACUAAAUGAGUUGAUUGUUACCCCAUUUCCAGUCUGUGAAAAAGCUGUUACUGCUUUUAAAUACUAAGGCACAACUUUUUUCCUAUGCCUAUAGAUAUACUAUAUUGUCUCUGCUCUACUGCCCUCUGCUGGCUGAAAUUCAGAGAAGGUUGUCAAUUCCUUUCAGUUUACCAGUACACCACACGUGAUUGUGAAUUAUCACGUAUUUGCUUUUCCUGUUUUGUAUUCAAACUCCUCAAUGUCUAGCUCCUUAGCUUCUCAGGCUAUAAUUCACUCUAUAAUUAUUGUUCUUAAUUAUUGUUCUUAUUUUGAAAGGCAAACUAGGUAAUCUGCUUUAUCUGCCAGCCAGGAAACAUAGCAGUAAGCAUUCAUUUCCAAGUCUUAAUUCAGCUGUCACUGAUUUCUUAAUUUAUCUUUUGAAGAGUUCUGCUUGUCACCUGCUUGGCACAGGUUUGCUCAUCUCAUCAGCAGAACUGAAGACUAUUUAUGGCGUCAAAUCUGUUUAGAAGUUCAAAAUGAAAGGAAGAGAAGAAGAAUUGAAUUUCCUUGCAGAAAAUGUAUUUAUUUUUGUUAUAAUAUUCAGACUUGUAUUCAUGUAUGUUCUCAUUGUAUAUAAUUUCUUUCUGAAAGGACAAUGUUAAGAAUUGAAGAUAAUUGUCAGCACAAUCACAUUCGUCAACAGGACGGGCUCUGCAACCAUUCACUCUGUUACAGUCCACAACUGAACGUACUAAACAUACUCUGAAGACUUAAUCUGUAUAAGAUUGUUCUAGUUAUUUAUUUUUUGGGUAACAGUGAUCCUAAACAGUAAUAGAAUGAAGAAAAUGUACAAAGAACUGAACAUAUUUAUGUAGUUAGGAUUUUUGAUCUGAUUGCUUGAUUUCCACCUUGCAUGCACUACUAAUAAAAAAUACUAUACUGUACAUGUUUACUUUGUAAGGAGAAUAAAAAAACAUGGGUAUAUUCUAAACUUGUGCACUGUAGCAGGAUACGAAUCACUGGACGUGAUGAAAACAUUAGUAACUCAGGCUGGAUUAGAGAUCAGAUUUUUGAAUAUUGUGAUAAAAAUAUAUAUUUUAUGGCUGUCAAAACAAUAAUAAAGCACAAGGAAUCGCAUGUGUUUCCCUUUUCAGACAGCCGAUGAUAAACCGUUCAAAAUAGGAUUGUGUGUUUGUGUGUAUAGCCUUGCAGAGGUUUUGCAGAUUGGUAACAGAGCCUUCUCCUACAAGGAGCAGUAUGUUAAGAGAAAACAAAAAGUGAUAAUAGUAGUAGUUUCAAAUAAUAGCAAUUUGCCUCCUUGUAUUAAAUCAUUAAAUUGCCUGUCUCAGUGCUUUAAGACUGUCUUUAGUGCACAGCCAGUCAUGGUGAGAAAAUAUAAUCUCAGUGUCAAAAUACUGUAAUUUGGGGGCCAUUAUCCUUUUUCGUAUAUUCAUGCACUGCAUCACUGAACUUAUUUGUGGUUAAAAAAAAUGAAAUAAACACCUCCAAAAAGA